AUGAAGUGUCUGCUACCGUGUCGAGGAGCUGCCUCUGCCACGAGUUCUAUCCUUGAGUCUGCCUCCAAUGACGGUUCUGCUACCACUAGAGAAGCCUCUGAUUCUGGUUCAAUCACUGAAGAUGCAUCUCCCGUAACAGCUUCCGGUUCGAGUCACUGGUUUGAUUUCUUCAAUUUUGGGAGAUGCUGGCUCUUCUACCAGAGUCGACGGUUCCGCUAUUGA